GAUAAUACCAUAAUGUAAUCAUCGGAGGUAAAGAAAAAAUCAAAAGUUUUGCGGGUUUUCCGAAAUUUCCAAAGUUAGCCAUGGUAUUGUGACAGUUUUAUUUUUUGGGUGUCGAGUGCCUCGCACCAAAACUUAUUGGGGGCCUAGCGAAACUUAGUCCUUAAUAUUCUCUUAUUAUUGUUGGGUUUGGGUUAAACGUUUUUGUGUAUGAUCCUCGAUUAAAAAGCUCCCUUGAAGCUGUGGUACUCAAAAUUUAGCAAGAAGUAGAAUAUUAACUCCCCCAAAAUGAUGACAUUUCAGAGCCAGAGAAAUCAUGAGCUUGGGUGUCCGUCUGUGAUGAGAGAGGAUCCUCGGAGGGGGGAAACAGGCACUGAUGAGAAUAUUAAUGCUCUCAUAUCCAAAUGUAGAGGCAACAGGAAUCGGACUAAAGUUGCUUCAUUUGAUUGCAAGCACGGAGUUGAUGUAAUUGCUGAAAUGGUUAACCACCUUUUACCAAACCAACAUGAAGAACAACUGCUCGCAAAGUGCUUGACGAAAUGCGGCUGCGAACAGGGAAUUCCUAUCGAGCAACAAAAGGUCGUUAAAAUGUUGAUCAGGAGCAGUUUCAGUUCCAAAUGGCUUGCAUCUGAGAUAGAAGAGGGUUCGAAAUUGUAUUUCAAUUGUGAAUUCCUCAAUGUCGUAGUUGAGGGUGGUUUCUUCGUGUUCAUCCAAUAUAUCCUGUGGUAGAAUGAACACAGAAGCUUUUGUGCAAUGGAUCGAAACUCUACAGCACCAGCUGAGUUUCCGGGAGAGUAUUCUUAUGAUAUAUUGCCAAACUCAAGGGGUAAGGGAAUGCUUUAGUAACCAAUGUGACAGUAUCAUCCAAGAACUCGAGGUCCUUAAGCAGAGUGCUCUAAGUGCUCCAACAAGAAGAGAUCACCAAGUACCAGCAAACCUCAGUGAAAGCCAUUACCGGCUAUCAACUGAUAUACGCGAGUUAAUAGCCUUUUCAGCACAAGAGAGUUUGAUUGAAGGAGGAUAUGUAGACCCGCAAGUAGUUACCAAAGCUGAUGUGGAACUUGGAAACUGUUGCAUGAAGUGUGGAGGUCAGUUUGUUGAGGGUGAAUCUUCGGGGACUUUAGUCUGCACUCAUACAUUUCACCUGCAUUGCAUCACAAGGUGGCUUGAAGUACAGGCGAAGUGCCCCUUUUGUGCGCUUUCUGUCUGAUGAGGUUUUGGACUGAGAUCUGAGGUUGUGUUUAAGUUAAAGAACAGCUCUUUUGUUGUAAGUUCAUAAAUCUCUAGCAUAGGACUCAACUAAGGUAGACCUGAUAAGAAACUAGAACAUGUAUGGUUGUGAGACAUAUCACUGUUCUAAAAUGUUUUUAUUUGGUUCUAAUGGCAAAACCAGGUUCUAAAAUUUUCUGCAGAAAGUAAGCAUUAUUGAUCUAUUGAUGGUAACUAAUCAAAUUUUUUGAAUCAUGUUGGCAACAUAAAUUGCGUAAGUUCACCACUGAGGAAUGAAGGAUGCUUGGUUCACAUCCCUGGCAGCCAUCCAUACUUCAUGCUGUACAAAAUUCGA